GAAAUCGAUGUGCUAAUUGGAUACUGAGAUGAUUUUUUUACUUUCACUUUGAAUUACUGAUAACUAGAUCUUCUAUCAGCUUCGCUUUGGAAAGCAAUAGGGCUUAAUGGUAAUAGGUUAUCGGGCUAAUUCAUGGAUGUUUGAUACUCUAUACAUCAAAGCUGAUCAUGUAAUUCAAAUAUAAGCUUUAAAUUUAUCAAAGCAUUUCUAUUUUGUCGUUGUUUAUAAUCACUAUUUACAACCGUUUAACUCAAUAUCAAAAUGGUGAUUUAUUCAUCAAGUUUGAUGAAGUAGAGAUCCGAAAACAUAGGAGGCAGCAUCAGUGUAAUAAAGACAGGCGAUGUGAAGAACACUGUAUGUUUUAUCAGCUAGCAUCCAAAUUUGUUAAUAUGAUCACAAGCAAUCGUUGUCAAGCAUCAAACGAGCUAUUAUAAAAUGAUUCAAACAGUUGAAUUUCGUAAUGCACAUUGUUCCUGCAAGACGUUCCUUGCUAGAACAAAAUAACCAGCACACAAUAUGUGCUAAAUAUGUGCUGCUAAUGAGCAAGUAUAAAUUGAAAAUUAUGCAGGUCAAAGAACUACCAAUACCAUGAAUACCGCACCACGCGUAGCGAUUAUAGGAGCAGGUCAAGGUGGAUUGGUGUCUGCAAAUGAAGUAAAAAAACGCGUCCCUGAUGCAGAGAUAGUCGUUUUUGAGGUGAGAAACAACGUUGGCGGGGUAUGGAACCUUGGGGAUACUCCUAAAAACUACGAAAUUCGUUUCGACGAUUUUGGCCAGGCCCAUGCGGCAACUUCAUUUUCGCAUUACAGUGAGGGAGUUGUAGACGUGAAAGAGGAGGUGCCACCAUCAGCAAUCUACGGGAGCUUGCGAACAAACCUUCCAACUGAGCUCAUGUCCUUUAGGAAUGAUGAGCAUCUAGAAUCAACUCAUCGAUUUCCUUCACAUACCGAAAUUCUCAAGUAUUUGGAGAGAUUUGCUAAAAAGUAUGGACUUACUAAGCUCAUCCAGUUGGGUACCCGGGUGCUUAGGUUGAAGCAUGCUGAUGGAGUUGCAAAGUAUAAGUGUGGCUACCUUCCUCAACAAAAAGGGAGAUGGGAAAUUACCUUGGAGAAUGUCAACACAAAGCAGCAGGCAAUUGAAUGGUACGAUUUCGUCAUAAAUGCAUCUGGUCAUUAUGUACAAGCCCAUAUACCUUUUAUCGAUAACUUGUGGAAGUUUGAGGGAGAUCUCUUUCACUCGCGAUUUUAUGAAAGUGCUGAACAAUUUAGAGGUAAAUCUUGCGUAGUAAUCGGUAGUAGGGCUAGUGGAUAUGAUAUAAGCAGGGAAAUAGCUUGGUUAGACCGUUCACCGGAACAUGGCCAAUCUCCUUAUAACUCCGUCAAAGAAAAUCCGGGUCUACCAAGUACUCGUAUCAUUCAAUCAAGAAGAUCGCCGCCCAAGUAUGAAUGGAAAGAGGAAAGACCUAGAUGGCUAGAUAAGAUUGAGCAGAGAGGAGAGGUCGUGGGAACACAUGGUAGAAGCGUGAUAUACGCUGAUGGUCAUGUCGAUCAUGGUAUAGAUGUAAUCAUAUUUGGGACCGGAUACACGUACACUUAUCCUUUCAUGAGACCAACUGACGAACCAUGGAAAAGCAAUAGCGUGUUUCCUCAAUCCAAUCAGUCAAGAAAAAAUGUGUUAGAUGAUAUACCAGCACACCUCAGACUACCAUACAAUCUCCCUGACAGUGCACAAGGAAGUAUGACAUUGGUAAAUCUGUCAAAGCACAACUUGUUCUAUCUUAGUGACCCCUCUUAUGCUUUCGUAGGCUUAUUGCGUCAUGUUCAUCCUUUUGCACUCAGUGAAGCUCAAGCACAUGUGAUAGCAUUUGUAUUAUCAUUGAAGGAACGAAUGAUACCGUCGGUUUUAUUGCAGGAAUCGUAUGAAGCUGAUCAAUUUUGGACAUUCCCCACUGAAUUUGAAAUGACUGAUGAAAUGCUCUUAGCAAUUAACGAAGGGAAAGACUAUCACAUCGAAAAAGAAAACGUAUGGAGCUGGUACAGAACACCAGAAUGGGUGUUGAAGUUAGCAGAAAGCGCAUCGAAAGACAAGAGAUUAUUAUUGGGUUAUUGAAUGAAUGAACAUGAAUGAUCGAAAUAUUACUAAGCAUAUGCAAAUGAACUUUAGCUUGUCUCUUGUUUUUUGCCACUGUAGUAUCGAAAUUUUACAUGCUGGAAAGGACAAGCAUAAGCAAAUGUGAAAAUAUUCACUGUAAAGAAGGUUUCCAUUUCUUAAUAAAUCAAAAUAACUUUAACUUAAUCAUACGCAUGAUAAUAAUUUGAUCACGGAUUAUAGUUAAUUACCAUUAUUGUAGCCUAUAGGGGACCUGUUAACCAGUUGUGAAAUAUCAGAACCUUGUGGUUCGCUUCAAGGAGUUACAAUUCUAAGAGAAGAAAUCCAACAAAUACCAUAAUCUCACGCAGUGGUACUCUGAGUGCUAAAACCUCGUCGCCUUCAAACGCUAGUGCAGACAAGAUCUGUGUUAGGUGGUGCUUGAUAGUCUGAUUUUGGUUGGUUUAAUGCGCUCUCAUGCAACAUACCUUCUGCUUGAUGUUAUUUAGGAAUAUAUAGUUUGUAAUAAAUGUAGAUAUUUAUUACAAACUAGGGUGCGUAAAGUAUUAUUAUUGCUACGAUGGUUGAUCCUUUUAUAAAAGGUUGUAGUAUGUUCAUAGACAUAAUUAAAACACUUCCUACGAGGUUAAUUAUGAGGAUAAAUCCCAAAUAGUCUUCAGCAGUAUUUAGUUCUACUGAUACCCUACUUCAUUGCCAUUGGUUAGGUCAUGCAAAGAGAAUUGGCGGUCUCUUAGCAAAGAAAAAUGACAAAUUUGAACGCGUUGGCGAACUUGUCUAUCUUAGGAACUGUCCGAAUAAUCAAUUUCAGUCAUAAUUUGACGACUAGAAAAUGUAAUGAUUGCAUUUUGCGAAUAUAUAUAUCGAUAAUGUGAGUUAGGCGGCCUAUGAAUAUAAGGAAAGCCUAAUCCUAAAGGUCUAUAGACUGUAUGACUGUCCACGGGAACCACAUGUCCGCAUAUUGAUUUAAUUUGUUAAACUAUCAGACAAUGUACAAGAAUAAUCAGCGAAAAUGUCUUCUCGUGUUAAGUUAUUGAAAAAUACUAAAUGGCCUUUCAGAUGAUGUUUAAUAUAUAAGUCCUCUACUUUGAUUUAUCCAUGCAAACUACCAAACAGAAUG